AUGAAGAUUAUCGUACCGUUUGAAGAGUGCAUCAAAGACUCUCCCAAAUUUAGGACAUCCUUGCAGAAUGUAGAGAAGGACGUUAACAGCUUUGAUACUGAAAUCGAUAAGUUGGCCAAGUUGUAUAAUGGCUUAUCGGAUGCCAGUAAAACAUGUUCCAAUGCCAACAGAGCCUUCGUUAUCGGUUUGAACGCAUUGAAAGAUCAUUUUGUUGAUGAGUCUUUAGUUACCAAUGCAAUAUCUAAUUUCACUCAGAUAUUCACAGAUUUGGAGAACUUUUAUAAGAGGUUUAUUGACGAAUGCCAAGCGCUAUCAUCUACUUAUAUGCAAAAUUAUAUCAAGGAAGAUAUUAAGAGAGUUCGUGAUUAUAAAAAAAGUUUCGACAAGAUAAGCGAUGAGUUUGAUACUGCAAUUAAUCGUAACGCUUCUGCUCAGAAGAUAAAAACCAUAGAAGUUGAAGAAGCAGAACAAAACUUUAAGUCUACGAGGUCUUGGUUUAGCCACAUUGCCUUCGAGUAUUGCUACAAUCUGAUGUCUCUAUUCAAAAGCUAUCGUAAGCUUGUCGAUGAAAGCUCUCUAUUACUUCAACAAUUUUCACCUUUCACGGACGACCUAACAACGCAGAUCGAGAGAGAAAAGGAAAAUUUUAUUCAAGAUAAAAAAGAAAUGGAGAAAUAUUAUAUGGCCAUAAAAGAGAAAAAAUGUGACACUACGGAUGAGCCUACAAAAAACGUUGGUAACAUGGAAGGAUAUUUAUUUAAACGAAGUCGCAAUGCUUUCAAGUCCUGGAGCAGGCGAUAUUUUACGCUUCGGAACAAUCAGUUGUGGCAUCAGAAAAGAUCACAGUUAUUUGAUUGGACUCUGUUCUAUAGGGGUUGUAUUCUCCAAGCUGAUGAUGCAAGCACCAGAGAUAUGUGGAUUAGAAUGAUACAGGAUAGCAUAGCGGCUGCAUUUCGAGAAGGAGAAACUAGUGGUGAUAGUUUAGAUCCUGUUAUCGAUAGCGAAACGUCUCCGUCUAUUGCUACUGUUAGCUUGAAUGAUACUUCAAAAGGUCAUGAAAAGAAAGCGGAACUUAGGGUGGUUGACGAACUGCAGCAAGUUCCUGGCAAUAAUAAAUGUGCUGAUUGCGGAAAAUCUGAUCCAACAUGGGCUAGCAUAAACUUAGGUAUCCUUCUGUGUAUCGAAUGUUCUGGGAUUCAUAGGAGUUUAGGCGUACACGUAUCUAAGGUUAGGUCCGUGACUCUAGAUGAUUGGGAUCCGGAGUAUAUCAAGGUAAUGAAACGCCUGGGUAAUGAUGUCGUCAACCUUAUUUAUGAAAAUGAACCAGAUGAUUCCUUAACCAAGCCUAAUUCGGUUUCUGAAAGAUCUGUUAGAGAAAAGUGGAUACGCGCUAAAUACGUCGAACUAAGUUUUCUAGGAAAUAAGAAAAACAAUCCAGUUUCAGAUAUUGUCAAGAAAUUACAAAAUUAUACACUGAAACAUCGUAAAAGAUCACCCCCCCCAAAAAAUAAGAGAAGAAGUAGUGUGCUAAAUAGUCCUGACAAUCCAAUCGCUGGCGGUUUGGACGCCGUUCCCGUAAACGUGUAUGACAGUAGUGACGAUGAUGAUAUUGAUGAGGAGGUUACGUCUUUGACCCCAGAUAAAGCGUUUAUCUUAAAUUUAAAAGGUGCAAAAACCGAUUGGAGAGACCCCAAUAAUCAUGGAGGCAACGCCAUUCAUGCCGCUACUAAAUCUGGUUCACUCUCUGCCGUUCAGUAUUUAAUCUUAAAUGGCUGUAAUAUUGAUGUAAGGGAUCAGCACGGACGUAGUCCAUUGCAUUACGCUGUUGAACAGGGGAACACUGGGCAAGUGUAUAUUCUUCUUAAAAGAGGGGCAAAGUAUCGGGCCGUAGAUGAAGCUGGACUGGAUGUAUUGCAAAUUGCAUUAAAUAAAACUUAUGCUGAUAUAGUAACUUUGCUUAGAUUAGCAAGAUUAAAUGAGGAAAUGAAAGAGAGCGAAGUAGGGACAUAUGUAGAAGGGUUAGCUUAUAUGCAUAUAGAUUAUUCUGAUACUAUUAUGCUUCUUGCUAAGUGUCACUUGUUAAAUGAAAGAUUUAGAAAUGCUUUGGCAUACGCUGUAAUUUUUGAAAAUUUAAAAAAUUUUUAUAAUUUGUUCGCGACUAUAGCAGAUUAUACUUAUAACGAAGUUUUUAAAGAUUUUUCUCAUAUGGUGACUGCAGACCCUAAAAGACUGAAACACUCUUCGAGAAAGUAG